AUGCUAACGAACGGCAGCAUAGUGACAGAAUUUAUCCUCGUGGGCUUUCAGCAGAGCUCCACUUCCACACGAGCAUUGCUCUUUGCCCUCUUCUUGGCCCUCUACAGCCUCACCAUGGCCAUGAAUGGCCUCAUCAUCUUUAUCACCUCCUGGACAGACCCCAAGUUCAACAGCCCCAUGUACUUCUUCCUCGGCCAUCUGUCUCUCCUGAAUGUCUGCUUCAUCACCACUACCAUCCCACAGAUGUUGAUCCACCUCGUGGUCAGGGACCACACUGUCUCCUUUGUAUGUUGCAUGACCCAGAUGUACUUUGUCUUCUGUGUUGGUGUGGCCAAGUGCAUCCUCUUGGCUUUCAUGGCCUAUGACCGUUAUGUUGCUAUCUGCUACCCACUUAACUAUGUCCAGAUCAUAAGCCAGAAGGUCUGUGUAGCCUGGUUCUUUGGGCUGAUCAAUGGCAUCUUUCUUGAGUAUAUUUCAUUCCGAGAGCCCUUCUGCAGAGACAACCACAUAGAAAACUUCUUCUGUGAGGCCCCCAUAGUGAUUGGCCUCUCUUGUGGGGACCCUCAGUUUAGUCUGAGGGCAAUCUUUGCCGAUGCCAUCGUGGUAAUUCUCAGCCCCAUGGUGCUCACUGUCACUUUCUAUGUGCACAUCCUGGCCACCAUCCUCAGCAAAGCCUCCUCCUCAAGUCGGGGGAAGACUUUCUCUACUUGUGCCUCUCACCUGACUGUGGUCAUCUUUCUCUACACUUCAGCUAUGUUCUCUUACAUGAACCCCCACAGCACACAUGGGCCUGACAAAGACAAACCUUUCUCCCUCCUGUACACCAUCAUUACCCCCAUGUGCAACCCCAUCAUUUAUAGUUUCCGCAACAAGGAAAUUAAGGAGGCCAUGGUGAGGGCACUUGGAAGAACCAGGCUGGCCCAGCCAGUCUGUCUAGCAGGAAGGCCCUGA